AUGCAUUUUGUGGAACAACAUCUAACGGUUGGCGAAGAAUUAAGAGAGUCCGGCGAAGAAUCCAACCAAGAAUCUGUUCCGGUAUCCGACCAAGAAUCUGAUCUAGAACUUGAUCAAGAAUCAAGGGAAGAACUAGGGGAAGAAUCCGACCAAGAGUCUGAUCAAGAUUCUGAUCAAGAGUCCGAUCAACAGUCUGACAAAGAGUCCGAUGAGAAUUUUGAUGAAGAAUCUGACGAGCCACUUGGUAAACCAUUGAGAAAACCAUUUGGCGAGCACUUCGACAAACAGUUUGACGAGCAAUUCAACGAGCAACAUGGCCGGCAACUCGAUGUGCAAACUGAUCGGCACGCUGAUGUGCAAUCCGAUGUGCAAUCCGAUACACAACCUAACGAGCAGCUUGAUGAGCAACCUGGCGAAGAGCCUCAUGAAGAGCUUGACCCAAGAUCUAACGAGCAACUCAGUGGACAAUCUGGCGAAGAGGCUACAAAACAGCGCCUAGAAAAGAACAAAGAUGGAAAGAGGUCCUGUCCUGGCUUUGAGAAGUGCUUGUUAAUGUAG